GGCAGCUAAAAUAGCUAUGUAAACACUUUCCCUCUCUCCAUUGCUUUGUAAUUAUAGACAGGAUGGUGGUGAAGACAGUCGUGCUAGAAUACAUUUGACAUUAUCAUACUUGAUCCUAGCCCCAGUGACGCGGUGUAAAUACCAGGCGCACUAUAAAGGCAGGGUCCCCCUCUGGAACAGAAGUUGUUUACCCUGGGAGAAAAAGGCACCUGCUCCGGAUUUAACCCCGCUGCCUAGGAGUGACAAUCCGCGCGACUUUACGUAAUAGAGUGGAGGCAACCGAAAGGGAGAGCUGUGGAAGAGGGGAGCAAUUUAAGUAUAUGCCACUGCAAUAUACCACCAGACAGACACACAGCUUGCGAGCUAAAGAGAGGGUCACUGUGAAGAACUUGACUAGACUAAAAUCUGGAUUAAUUUUCUGCUAUUAUUUAUUAUAAAUAUAUGCCACUGCAAUAUACCGCCAGCAAUUGGCAAUAAAAUAUUCAAGGAAGCUAUUGCACAGCCAGUUUUCCUCCAACAUUUCCACACGUUGGUGACCCCAUCAAGACAGAAAUACGCUAGGAAGUUGAAACAGAAAAAGAGAGGAAGUUUGUGACAGGACAGGAAGUAAGAAGCUGCUGCAGGAAGUGGCCCAAAAUGGAGGCCAUCGAACUACAGCAGAGUCUGAAGCGGUCUGGAAGGGGCUGGGGAACAGAGAGGGGGGAGCUUCUGGACAGCUUCGACUCAGAGAUGCAGGAAUGGGAGGACCAGCUGCAGGACAUGCAGAGGAAGAUAGAGGAGCUUUACAACGAGGUGCAGGCUCGUAGAGGUGGAAAUUAUGUCACCAUGGAUAACAGCAAAAAUGAUAGGAUGAUUGAUUGCGGCCGUGGGCAUCAUGACAAUGGCUUCUGUGACCUGUAUGGCAGCCACAUCAACGCCACCAAGGACCACCCCAGUGCUGUAGAUGCUUUUAACCACGGCCCCAACGGUUACGGCUACCCUGUCAACCAUCAGAAUGGCGGCUAUGGUUAUCCCCUUAGCAACAGUGCGGUGGAACUUGGAGACUUGUUGCAGGAUUAUCUUGGACAUGGUCACGGAAAGACCCGGAAGACCAACUCCGCUAUCAACAAUGUAACCCUUGUCCCACUUCUCUCUCUUCUCCCUCAUCUGAAGGAGAUCACUAAAGGGAGCCAGGAUCAGUCGGUACACCAGGAUGAGAUGAAGAGGAGGCCUGUUGGGAAUGAAAGGAUUAGUAAGGUGCGGUUUGCGGACGAGGAGGCUGAGAACAGGAAGAACAGGGUGUCACACAGAAAGAGUUCCCCUUGCAGGGACCUUAACAAGGAGAACACAGGGGCCAAUCCCCCCCUCGGACAGCGAGAAGGUCCUCCCAUACCCCCCGAUCCACCUCCCAGAUGGCCCCUCCCGACACCUUCUCCCCAGCCCUGGACAGGAUGUCCAAUGCCCCUGGGGUCCUUGUGGACAGGAAGUGUGGUAGCCCCUCGGUCCUCAGAAAGUUUGGAGCCAUGCUCCAGGAAAACGAGGGCAAAACCCUCACUGAUACCGGUGUGGUGACCAACCAGGUGCCUACCGAGAACAAGUGCCCCACCGACAUCUGUCAGCACAAAGGGCUGGACGGCAGCAGGAUGACUGGGCGUGUGCC